GAUUUCAGCUCAGAGUGUGACAAUUUGUCGUCCACGGCAAAGUGUCAGUUGAGUCGCUUACAGCGAACACUGAGAGACAGCCACAAACAUAUUUACUUGGAAAAAAAAGAAGCCAAAUAAAAAACGAGGCAGACUCCGAUACGAUAUCUUAUCAUUUGCCGGCUAACGACAGAAAACAGUCAACAAUCAGUUGAUAAGCAAAAGUCUCCCCUUUAUAAUACAACUGCAAGCGGCGAAGGCAGUCAGUCUAUAUAAAAACUACGGACCGAUCGUUACGGGUUUCCACAUCCGUCAGAUAUAACCAACUAAAACACACACAAAAUGGAUCACACCUGGAUUGCCCGCAAUGCGUACGAUGCGAUGCCACCAUUUGCCGUAAUUGGCGGACACGAUUCGGACAAUGAUCCGAUUUAUGUGGGUCGGGCCUUUCACAAUGGUGACAUGCUGCCCGCCAAGGUGAUACCCAACAAGCAUCAGGCGUAUGUCGCCUGGGGUGGCGAGGAGAUCAACAAGCAUGAUUUUGAGAUCCUAACGGGACACCACUACUGCUGGAUACCGGCCAGCGGUGGCGAGGUGCCGCCCCAUGCCCUUCGCGUCGGUCAGACAUCCGAUGGCGAGGCUCUGUUUAUUGGUCGCGGCUAUUUCCAGGGCAGUCUGACGCCCGGCAAGGUGCAUCCGUCGCAUGGCUGCCUCUAUAUACCGUACGGUGGCGCCGAGCACAGGCUGGACUCGUACGAGGUGCUGGUGCAGCCAGAGACCUGGGUGAAUAGCUCCGGUAGCAACAUUGUGCCCGGCACCAUUCUGGCCGGACACGAUUGUGAUGGCGAUGCCAUCUAUGUGGGCCGUGCCUAUCACGAGGGUGAUCUGCUGCCGGCCAAGGUGAUACCCAACAAGGGAUGUGCCUAUGUGCCGUACGGCGGACAGGAGCACGUCAAGUAUGACUUUGAGCUGCUUGCCGGCUACGGCUAUGGUUGGGUGCCCGACUCCUAUGGCAAUGUGCCACCUGGCGCCGUCAUCUGUGGCCGUACCAGCGACGGCGAACCCUUGUACAUUGGACGUGGUCAUUACAAUGGCAGCUUUACGCCCGGCAAGAUCCAUCAAUCGCAUCGUUGCCUGUACAUCCCCUUCGGCGGACAGGAGGUGCGCCUGGACAGCUACGAGGUGCUCGUCCGCUCCUAGACUGCUUCCCAAUGAUAACAACAACAUUUCUUGUCUAUCAAUUAAAUUAUUUGUAUUUCAUCAGUCACUAAACAAUUAUUAAAACGAAAAAAAUUGAACUGAAUAACAAAAGAUAUUCUUAAUUGUCAGACACAUUCCUAUUUAAUUCAUUAACUAAUUUCAUUACUGGAGGUGUUCGAAUUUAAGCCAAAUGAAAUAUGAAAUAAAAAUAAAUUGACUUUUCUAAUUUCUAA